AUGCAGGCCGAUAAAGCUGAUAAGCUGCUGUCUGCUCACCUCCAGCAAGCCGAUCCCGCUGUCUUCGACAUCAUUGAAAAGUGUGAUGCAGAGUAUGAGCAGCUUGUCUCCAGUACUGAAUUUAUACUCAUCAACUGGCUAGACAAGUACUCCGAGGGUUACCCGGGCGCGAGAUAUUACGGCGGAAACGAGUUCAUCGACCAAGCGGAACGUCUCUGCCAGCAGCGAGCUCUCGAGGCUUUUGGCCUCGAUGCCACGCAAUGGGGUGUCAACGUGCAGGCUCUGUCCGGUGCCCCCGCCAACUUGUAUGUCUAUUCUGCUUUAAUGGACACCCACGAUCGCCUCAUGGGACUGGAUCUGCCUCACGGCGGUCACCUUUCCCACGGCUACCAGACGCCGACCAAGAAGAUUUCCGCCAUCUCCAAGUACUUCGAAACCGUCCCCUACCGGCUUGACGAGACUACCGGUCAGAUCGACUAUAACAAGCUGGAGGAAUUGGCCAUGUUGUACCGCCCCAAGGUCAUUGUUGCCGGUGCUAGUGCCUAUAGCAGGUUGAUCGACUACAAGCGCAUGCGCGAGAUCGCCGACAAGGCCAAUGCCUAUCUACUCGCUGACAUGGCCCACAUCUCUGGUCUGGUCGCGGCCAAGGUGAUGCCCGGGCCCUUCGCCUACGCCGACAUUGUUACCACCACUAGCCACAAGAGCUUGCGUGGACCCCGCGGUGCCAUGAUCUUCUUCCGCAAGGGUGUGCGCCGGCAGAACGCGAAGAAAGAGGAUGAGAUGUACAACCUCGAGGGCCCCAUCAACAACUCCGUCUUCCCUGGUCACCAGGGAGGCCCCCAUAACCAUACAAUCACCGCCCUGGCCGUUGCCUUGAAGCAGGCACAGGCUCCUGAGUUCCGCGCCUACCAGACGCAGGUUUUAGCAAACGCAAAGGCGUUUGCACACAGACUGGGCGCUCCUAAGGAGAAGGGAGGUUUGGGUUACAAGCUGGUGUCAGGCGGCACCGAUAACCAUCUCGUGCUUGCAGACCUGAAGCCGCAGGGUAUCGACGGUGGUCGUGUUGAGCGUAUUUUGGAGCUUGUUGGUGUCGCGGCGAACAAGAACACCGUUCCCGGUGACAGGUCAGCACUGGUGCCUGGCGGUCUGCGUAUGGGCACACCGGCCAUGACAACAAGGGGAUUCAGCGAGGAAGACUUUAGCCGUGUCGCUGAUGUCGUUGACCGGGCCGUCACCAUUGCCGUCCGUAUAGACAAGAGCGCAAAAAAGACUGCCGAGGAGAAGGGAGAGAAGAAGCCUGGUCUGCUGAGACACUUCAUGCAGCAUCUUGGCGAUGGAGAAACCGACCCAGAGAUUGUGCAGCUGAGAUCUGAAGUGGCUGACUGGGUCGGCACAUACCCGUUGCCGUGGGACGUCCGCUCUUGA